AUGGCAAGCAGAAAAUUAACUGUGGAAGUGUGCGACGCCAAGAAUCUGAUGCCCAAAGACGGCCAAGGCACGGCCAGUGCAUAUGUGAUCGUGGAUUUCGACGGCCAACGCCGACGUACCAAGACAAUUUUCAGGGAUCUUAACCCUCAAUGGGGCGAGAAGCUCGAAUUCUUGGUACAUGAUGUUGAAUCCAUGGCGUCGGAAAUGUUGGAGCUCAACGUGUACAAUGUUAAAAAGAGUGUCAAGAGAAGCACUUUUCUUGGAAAAGUGAAGGUUGCUGGAAGCACUUUUGUGAAAUCUGGUGAAGAAGUGCCUUUGAUUUAUUAUCCAUUGGAGAAGAGAAGUGUUUUCUCGCAGAUUAAGGGGGAGAUUGGGCUUAAAGUGUGGUAUGUAGAUGAGGAGCCGCCGCCUGCGGAGGAAUCGGCUGCGGAGAAGUCUGCUGCCGCUCCACCACCGGCCGAGGGGGAGAAAAAGGAAGAGGAAAAGACGGAGGAGAAAAAGGAAGAAGAGAAAAGACUCGCUUCCGAAGAGUCGAAAAAAGAAGAAAAACCCCUGGAGAUUCCAGAACCAGAUACGGCGGUGGCUCCACCACCACCUCCGGCAGUGUCGGAAGUAGCAAAUCCACCAUUAGUUCAGCAGAAAAACUCCCAGAAAGCAGAAAAGUCCAUUGUUGCAGAAAAUUUGAAGAAUAUUGAUAUUGAAUCAAAACUGUUCCAGAAAAUCUCCAAUUCGGACCGGCGAAUGGCUUUUGAUUUGGUGGAUCAGAUGCCAUUUCUAUAUGUUCGUGUAGCCAAAGCGAAAAUCUCAAAUCCAGAGGCUGAUUCUUCAGUUUAUUCUAAGCUCGUGAUCGGCACACAUAGCGUCAAGACCAAAUCACAUGCUGCUAAUAAAGAUUGGGAUCAAGUUUUUGCAUUUGAUAAAGAAGGAUUAAAUUCAACCUCCCUUGAAGUCUCAGUUUGGAUUGAGAAAAAGAUCCCAGAAAAUGAAAACAACAACGGACUUUCAGAAAGUUGUAUCGGAACCGUGUCGUUCGAUUUGCAGGAAGUUCCCAAAAGAGUGCCGCCGGACAGCCCAUUGGCACCGCAGUGGUACAGUUUAGAGGCGGAGCAAAACCAGGACUCGCCUGGAUAUGACGUCAUGCUGUCUGUGUGGGUUGGUACUCAGGCUGACGAGGCUUUUCAGGACGCUUGGCAGUCAGAUUCUGGUGGGUUGAUACCGGAAACCCGAGCCAAGGUGUACUUGUCUCCGAAGCUGUGGUAUUUGAGACUAACGGUCAUCCAAGCCCAGGAUUUACAGCUAGCUUCAGGUUCGGGUACAAACGAACCUAAGGUUCGGAAUCCUGAGCUUUUUGUGAAAGCCCAGCUUGGCGCGCAGCUAUUCAAAACGAGCCGAAUUUGUGUUGGCUCUUCUACUAUCUCGUCCAGUCCUACGUGGGAUGAGGACCUUGUAUUCGUGGCAGCCGAGCCGUUUGAGCCCUUUUUGAUAAUUACAGUGGAGGAUGUGACAAAUGGGCAAGCAAUUGGGUGUGCUAAGGUGCAGAUGGCUACAAUAGACAAGCGAACCGAGGACAAAUCAGAGCCGAGAUCAAGGUGGUUUAAUUUAACUGAUGGUGAUCAAAAUACUAAAUCCUAUGGUGGAAGAAUACACGUGCGGGUGUGUUUGGAAGGAGGGUAUCACGUGAUAGAUGAGGCAGCUCAUGUGACCAGCGAUGUUAGGGCUACUGCCAAGCAAUUGUCCAAGCCAGCUAUUGGGUUGCUUGAAGUGGGCAUUAGAGGGGCUGCUAAUCUGCUUCCGGUCAAGACGAAGGAUGGUACACGUGGGACAACAGAUGCAUACGUUGUGGCUAAAUAUGGACCGAAGUGGGUUCGCACUCGAACAAUUCUUGACCGGUUUAAUCCACGGUGGAAUGAACAAUACACAUGGGACGUGUAUGAUCCUUGCACAGUAUUGACUAUAGGAGUGUUUGAUAAUGUAAGGUACAAGCAUGAUGAAGCGGGGUUGAAGAAGGAUGUGAGGCUUGGGAAGUUGCGUGUACGCCUCUCGACUCUUGACACUAAUCGAGUGUAUGUUGGUACGUAUUCUCUUAUGGUGUUGCUUCCUAGCGGGGCGAGGAAAAUGGGAGAAAUUGAGAUUGCUUUGAGGUUUUCGUGCUCAUCAUGGAUUAGUCUUAUUCAAGCAUAUGCCAAUCCAGUGUUGCCAAGGAUGCAUUAUGUGAAACCAUUUGGUGCUGCCCAACAAGACAUCCUUAGGCACACUGCUAUGAGAAUUGUGACGGCAAGGUUAGCUCGAUCGGAACCAGCUUUGGGCCAAGAAGUGGUCCAAUUCAUGUUGGACUCAGAUACGCACAUGUGGAGCAUGAGACGGAGCAAGGCCAACUGGUUUCGGGUUGUGGGUUGCUUGUCAAAAGCAGCUACAAUUGCCCGUUGGCUCAAUGGGAUUCAAACAUGGGUGCACCCACCAACAACAAUUUUGGUCCAUAUCUUGUUGGCAGCCAUUGUAUUGUGCCCACAUCUUGUGUUGCCAACAAUUUUCAUGUAUGCCUUCCUACUCAUAGCAUUGAGAUUUCGUUAUCGCCAACGUGUUAGGAUCACACUGGACCCUAGAUUAUCUCAUGUUGAUAGCGCAAGUCCCGAUGAGCUAGAUGAAGAAUUCGACGGAUUUCCAACCACACGAGCAACGGAUCAAGUGCGCAUCCGCUAUGAUCGGUUACGUGCUCUAGCAGGACGUGCCCAAACACUCUUGGGCGAUGUUGCCGCUCAAGGUGAACGAUUGGAGGCAUUGUUCAAUUGGAGAGACCCUAGAGCUACCGGCAUAUUUGUUGUGUUUUGCUUAUUUGCUUCCUUAUUGUUUUAUGUCGUCCCCUUCAAGGUAUUUGUUUUAGGGUUAGGGUUCCACUACCUCCGUCACCCCAGAUUCCGUGGCGACAUGCCCUCUGUCCCUAUGAACUUUUUCCGAAGGCUGCCGCCGCUGUCCGAUCAAAUUUUUUAA